GAUCCCUCUACAACGAAGCACAUUUGAGAAGAGAAGCCCAGCAAGCAUCUUCAACCCACCGCCAAAAUGAGCAUGAUCAACGCCAAGAACAAGGUGACGGAGCACCAGCGCUUCUACCAGCAGGCCUACAAGGCGCACACCCGUCUGUGGAUGAUUAACCCACGCAGCCGCUGGUACAUGGUUCCCUACCUGGCUGCCCUCUGGGGAGGCUUCGGUGCUACCCUGUACGCCGCCAGCCGAAAGGUCGCUGGACACAACACUUGGUUCAGCAAGGACUAAGCUACCAACAUAUAUUUGGGACGAGCCAAUUGAUUUUGCCCCGACUUGCAUUAAAUGUGGGAUUGGGAGCUUGUAUGAGUUGCAGUCUUAUAGACAGUAAAUAUAGGAUUUUGUCGGUCCAUUUUUUACACCUCCUUCAGCUUGGUCCCGCCAUCAUUUUGUUUGCCCGUUGUAUCUGGUAUUCCAUAAGUUUUCUUUCUUUCAAUUAUGCGUAGCCAUUAUUCCCAUGUGCCACUAUAUAAUAUUUGCGUGGUAGAAGAAAAAAAAGAGAAUGCGAAUCAAAUAAGUCGCAUAACAGAUAUCCGGCCCUUCCUCGCCUGUUGACCCAAGCCCUGUAAUAUCACUAAAUUGGUCGUAAAUUCAGUCUAUCAAAAAUCAGUAGCCAGUUGCGCCUGGUGCCUUUUCGUCCUUGCGCAGACUCAUGAGCAUUUCACGGAAACGCUCCUUGCCAGAUCCGGCGGCUCCGCCAGUGGCCCCCUUUCCGCUAAUAUCAACCAGCUUUGCGAUGCGGUCCCAGCUCGUGCCACCAGAAACGGUAUCCUCCCGGUUCGCAAGGAACUCCUCUGCCUCUUUACGUGUCUGCGCAAUGCCUUUCUCUUUCUUGGAGUUGUAGUUGUCGUAGAAGUCAUCGAUGUUCUGCUGAGCUUCCUUUAUCGUCUCCUCUCGCUGAGCAGCGAACUGCUCGGACCGCUUCGCAAUCUGCGCGUCUCGGCUCUCUCUCCACUGCUUGAUGACCUCUGGCUCCUCCUCAUCGGCUGCAUAUGUUUGGUAACCGGAGUUGUAGCUCACAGAAGGGCCGGUCAUGAUGUUCCCAUCCACGCCUGCCAGG